GGGCGAAGCUCCUCUGCAUAUCCAUCUGUUCUCCUUGGCUGGAGGAUUAACGCCAACUUGGUUAAGGACCACCUUAUGUUGCACCUGCAGGAGGAUGGCUGGGAGCCUCGAGCAGGCACAGACCCAUGUUGGCCACGUUGAUUUGCUGUGAACGAGCAAGUCCUGAUGUCUGUCCUGCAUUGUGCAAUUUCUUCAGUACACCAGAGACACCAAUUGAGGAAACCUUGGAAAGCACUUGUUUCCUGACAUCGAAGAUCAACAAUGAAAGUCAUGUCACUACAGAGAAGCUGGAGAAUCAUUGGUAUUCUUGCCUCAGUCACAUUUAUCUGUGCCUUUCGUAUUUCUACGGCCAUUGAUAUGCCACUGGAAGUUGAGCAGCUGCCCACCAUCACUGCCCAAUCGCCAAGCUCCCUCAUCGCCUUCCCUUUUGACGAGAGUUAUCCAGUGACGUGCGAGGCCAGAGGCAAUCCUGAGCCAGAAAUCAGGUGGAUGAAAAAUGGCCAGGAAUUCGACCCUUCUUUAGACCCCCGUCUGAUGAAAGAAGAGGAUUCUGGGACCUUUGUGAUACCCAAUAAUGGGAACCUUACAGAGUACCAGGGAACCUAUCUUUGUUACGCCUCAAACAAACUGGGGACUGCAACAUCGAAGGAGAUUGAAUUCAUUGUCCCUCAUGUCCCAAAGUUUCCAAAAGAAACACUCGAUCCUAUUGUGGUGGAAGAAGGCCAGGCUUUUAUUUUAAAAUGUGACCCACCGAAAGGAAUACCACCUCUGCAGAUCUAUUGGAUGACUAUUAACCUUCAACAUAUAGAACAAGAUGAGCGGGUGUCUAUGGCCUUAAAUGGUGAUCUCUACUUUUCCCACGCGGUGGAGAAAGACAGCAGGAGGGACUACUGCUGCUUCGCCGCCUUCCCACGGAUACGAACCAUCGUUCAGAAGACAGCCAUGUCGGUCAUUGUCAAAACCAAAAAAAGUCAUGACAUGAGUGCUGAAAUUGCCAAUGCCAUCUUGCAGCGGAGACCCUUGCUAAUGACGCCCUCUGGUGUCAGAACAGAGAAACAGUUUGUCAGGGGAGAUGACUUGAAACUGGAGUGCAUUCCUGACGGAUUUCCAACUCCACAGGUCGAGUGGGUCAAAAUGGGACACAAGCUUCCAAUUAAAGCCAAACUGGAGAGUCACGGAAAAAUGCUGAUUAUACCAAGUGUUGAACAAGAAGACAGCGGCAAAUAUAUGUGCAAGGCAAGGAACAGGGUGGGAGAUGUAGUCCAUUACUUCACAAUAACUGUUGAAGAACCUCCAGAGUGGGUGUUUGAGCCUGAGAGUCAGCUCAGUAUGAUUGACUCAGACGUGCACAUCAAGUGCUCAGCGACCGGGACUCCGAAGCCAACGAUAUCUUGGAGGGUGAAUGGUCGGCCUCUGCAUGAAGCGCCUGCAGCUAACAGGAAAGUGUUUGAUGACACCAUUAUUUUGCACAACGCCAAAGCAUCUGACAGUGCAGUCUAUCAGUGCCAAGCAUCCAACAGACAUGGAACCCUCCUCGCCAAUGCAAAUAUCAUGAUAAUGAAUCUCCCUCCAAUGAUUCUUACAAAGGAGGUGGAGGAUUACUCUGCUGUCGAAGGGAGGGGAGUGAUGAUGCACUGCCACGUCUUCAGCUCUCCACCAUCUACUAUCACUUGGAGCAAAGAUGAUUCCUCUGAAUUUAUGGAUGGGCCGAGGUUUACCGUUCAUGAUAAUGGCUCAUUGGAAAUCUACGCCACAGAAAAAUACGAUACUGGACAAUAUACAUGUUACGCCAGAAACACAGAAGGGUCAUCUGCCAUUGAAGCUUCCCUUUAUGUGAAAGAUCCUACAAGAAUUACGGUGGCCCCGGAAGACCAGCGGAUCUUAAUAGGCACCACAGCCCAGCUCUCAUGCCUGGUAGAAUACGACAAGUCCUUCUUCAAUGACUUUGAACUCCUGUGGGAAAAAGACGAUAUGGACAUAGGCUUAAAUUAUACUGACAAUUCAAGAUACUUUAUGGAGAAUGGUAUCCUUCAAAUCUUCAAUGUAAGCCUGAGGGACCAGGGUGUGUACACAUGUGUGGGAAGAACUCCAGUGGACCAGGUCAUUGCAUCUGCAUUGCUCAUGGUGUUAGAUGUCCCUGAUCCACCUGAGCACUUGGUACUGUCAGAACAGAAGACCAAAAGUGUGAAACUAAAAUGGACCCCGGGGGACAAUCACAACAGCUCAACCACAGAGUUUAUUAUUCAAUACGAGGAGAGCCAGUGGGAGCCUGGAAAUUGGAAAGAGCUGCUGCGAGUACCGGGGAAUCACAUUUCGUCCAUCCUCAAACUCCACGGUUAUGUCGACUAUCGUUUCCGUGUGGCUGGUGUUAACGGUGUGGGGAGGGGACCUCCUAGUGAGCCCACAGAGAGAUACAAAACCCCUCCAAGAGCCCCUGACAAGAACCCAGAAAAUAUCAAAAUCAAAGGUCAUUUGCCGCAUGAAAUGGAUAUCAACUGGGAGCCCUUACUGCCAAUUGAACACAAUGGGCCAGGUCUUGAAUACAAAGUAAGCUACAGACAGCAGAACUUGGAAGAGGACUGGAAGGAACACAUUGUGAAGAGACACUCGUUUGUGGUGAAGAACACACCCACAUUUGUGCCAUACGAGAUCAAGAUCCAUGCCCGGAACAAUCAAGGUUGGGGCCCAGAGCCAACCAUAGUGACUGGAUACUCAGGGGAAGAUUUUCCAUCCGCAGCACCUGAUGAUGUAGCAGUGGUGGUGAUGAACAGCUCAGUGGUCAAGGUCAGCUGGACUCGUGUAAACAAGGACAAGUUGCAUGGACAUCUGGGGGGCUACAGGAUAAACUGGUGGCGUCUGCGGAGUCUGGUGGAUUUGAAGAAAAGCCAUGAAGACAAACAGACAUUAACAUUUCCCGGCGACCGCAACCAUGCUAUCAUACCCAGGCUGCAACCCUUCUCCGAGUACAGUCUCAUUGUUAUGACCUUUAACGGUCGUGGCAAUGGUCCUGGCAGUCAUCCUGUCAACUUUAAAACCCCAGAGGGAGUUCCUGAGAAAAAUCCAGUUUUCAAAGUCACAGAUACACAGAGGCACACUGUCUCUCUGGCUUGGGCCCCACCUUCACAGCCUAAUGGAAUUUUAACAGGAUAUCUUUUAGAGUACCAGCUAAUUAACAACACAGAUGAAGUCGGACAACUGCAGACUAUCGACAUCAGCAAACCUGACACAACUAAGUGGACCCUGCGGGACUUGGAGCCUUUAAGCAAAUACAAGUUCCACUUGCGUUCCUGCACCACAGUGGGCUGUGGGCCUAUUAUCAGUGAGGAGAGCACCACCACCCUAGAAGCAAGUCUGGCCAGCAUUCAUGCAGGAAUAUCUAACCAGGGUUGGUUUAUUGGCCUGCUGUGCGCCAUCGCUUUCCUCACACUCAUGAUGUUGAUCGCCUGUUUUGUCAACAGAAAUAAAGGAGGGAAGUAUUCAGUAAAAGAAAAAGAGGACCUACAUCCCGAGAUGGAGUCCCAGGGUAUGAAUGAUGACACGUUUUGCGAAUACAGCGACAAUGAUGAGAAGCCACUAAAAGGCAGCCAACGCUCUCUGAGCAGAGACAUCAAAGCAUUGGACAGCAGCGACAGCCUGGUAGACUACGCAGAAGAAGACACUCAGUUUAACGAAGAUGGCUCCUUUAUAGGGGAGUAUGCAGGCCGAAAGGAGAAAAGGGUGUCGUCCGAGAUCAAAGCCACCACUCAGAGCCCGGCGUGAGCAGCUCAACUUACAUCCACCUUCCACCGUGCACAUUUUUCAUUAAAUCUUCUCAGAGGGACAAAUGGAAGUGAAUGCAAACUGAUGCAGCACACUUUUUGUGUGAAAUGCAAUGCAUCAUUGCCAAUGGUACUGCCAUCCUCAUUUUAUAAAACCCUUGUUUGUUUCAUUACAGCCAUUAAUAAAUGCCGGUGUGUGUAUAUAUAAUGUAUAGUAUAUUGCAUGUGAAUUUUUUUAAUCAUUAUUACAACAAUAAAAUAUAUAGAGGCCUUGUUUUUCGAUUGUUAUUGUUGUUGCUUUUGUUACAUCUACACUAAGUUCACAUCCCUGCAGCAACACAAAUACCUGUAUGUCAAAUCAAAUUCAUUCUUAUGUCAGAGGAUUUAGUGAUUUAUUCAUGUGUGUGUUUCAGACAUGUAGACAAAAUCUGAUCUGAUAUGCCAUUUAUUUUCCAGUGCUAUUUUAUUGGACAUAUAAAUAUUUUUGAGUCCUGACUCUUGGUUAUGAAAGUAAAAAUGUUGUGCCUCAUAGGGGAUAUGGUAGUUAUUGUUUGCUUGCUAUAACAGCCGAGUUUACAAAAUGUCACAUGAUGAAUGUAUAGAAUAGUUAUUGGUUACAUAUUCAUGACACUGAUUUCCAAACGUUGUGCUGUUCACCUAAUAUGUGACAAAAUAUUACAAAAAAUAGUGUUAGCAAAAAGAAACUGUUAUAGUUGACACUUUGAUUGUUAUUUUACAUGAAGCACCAUAGUCACUGCAUUGUUUUAUAUAAAAAAAAAUCUGCCAUUUUGCAUGUUUAGUCGAUUAAUUUGUGUUUUUUUAUUAAAUUGCCUUUUCCUACA